AUGGCAAGUCAGAUCUCGAAGGACGAUUUGUGGUGGCAUGGACCGAGUUUCCUCAAAGACCCCGUCGACAGUUGGCCCGAAUGUGUGGUUUCGAUGCCGGAUCUUCCGGAUUUGCAGCAGGAAGCCUGCCCAGACAUAGCUCUGCACAGCGCUACCGUCGACUCAACACUGUGCGAACGAUUCACGGACUUAUCCAAGCUAAUCCGUGUCGUAGCACGAUGCUACCGUUUUUUCAACAAUGCAAGGCUCCGGCGGAGCGACCGCACCACUGGUUCACUGACCCCAGAGGAACGUGAGCAUGCGCUCAAGAUUCUCGUACGACCAGUUCAGUUAGCGUCCUUCCCAGCUGAAGUUCACCACUACCGUAGCGCUCAAAGCAUUCCAUCCGUAUCUGCAACAUCGAAAUCGCCACUCAAGGACUUGAAGUUGUUCAUGGAUCAGUUCGGUUUGCUCAGACUCUGUGGACGAUUAGCAAAUAUGAAAGCACCGUACGAUACUCGUUAUCCGAUCCUUCUACCAGCCGAUCACCGUCUCAGUUGGCUCAUCGCCCGAUCCAGUCACAUACGAACACUUCACGGCGGUCCAACGCUCACGCUCGCUACGAUUCGUCAACGAUUUUGGCCAGUCCGGGGUCGACAGCUAGCAAGAAAGGUGGUACGUCAGUGCGUAACCUGUUUCCGUUGCCAGCCACGGCAGGCACAGCAGAUCAUGGCACCCCUUCCAUCCGUUCGUGUGUCACCUGCUAGACCGUUCAUACACUCCGGGAUGGAUUAUUGUGGGCCGUUUCUCGUACGUCCGUUAAGUGGUCGGGGCGCGUCGGUUAAGAUCUACGUCGGUCUGUUCGUAUGUCUCGUGGUGAAAGCCGUGCAUCUCGAAGUCGUUGCCGAUCUGUCGUCCGCCGCGUGCAUAAACGCCGUUAAGCGUUUCGUAGCUCGUCGCGGUCGAGUGCUCGAACUACACUGCGACAACGCGACUGCUUUCGUCGGGGCAGACCGAGAGCUCCGUUCGAUGCGGGAAGAGUUUCGUCGUCAAUUCCGGUCCGAGAACUGGGCGAACUUCUGCGUGGAGGGCGGAAUCAAGUUUCGCUUCAUCCCGGCGAGAUCCCCGCACUUCGGCGGUAUCUGGGAGGCCGAAAUCAAAUCCUUCAAGCACCACUUCCGUCGCAUCAUGGGCAACCGCUCAUUCACCGUGGACCAGCUCCAGACCGUCGUUGCCCAAAUCGAAUCAGUCCUCAAUUCCCGUCCUCUCUCUCCGCUUACAGAUUCUCCUGACGAUUGCUCCGCUCUGACUCCAGGGCAUUUUCUUGUUGGCGAACCGCUCGUGGCCAUCCCUGAGCCAGACCUGGUCGACGUCAACCCAAAUCGACUCUCGCGCUUGCAGGAGAUGAAGAAGUCGGUCCAAGAUCUUUGGCGCUGUUGGCAGCUGGACUAUGUCAGUCAACUCCAGCAGCGAAGAAAGUGGAAGCGAUCCCUGCCGGAUGUGCGCGUUGGACAGCUGGUGAUCGUCAGGCAAGCGACUGCGCCGCCAUUGCAAUGGCCGUUAGGACGGAUCGUCGAAACCGUUGCGGGCAAGGAUGGACGAGUCCGGGUGGUCGUAGUCAAGACUGCUGCCGGGCAGUACAAACGAGCAGUCACGGAGAUCGCCGUUCUACCGAUUGCUCCUACCGAGGACGAACCGAAGGACGACAGCAUCACAGUCAGCACAAGUUGA